CCACGAAGAAGCUGCUAUAAACCUACGAAGAAACGACCGUCGUCCUGCGAAGAAGUGACCCUCGUCUGGCGGAGAAACGACCAGCGUUUGCGUCAUGAUCCUCGUUGACUGCGCCGAUCCUCGGAAACAUUGCUCGUGUGGGCCAAUCGAUCGUAGUGGAGGGUCGGGGCCUCGUAUUAGCUGUUGUUUUCCUGUUGACUGUUUGCGAUCUAACUCAGGAGAUUCAAGACAAAUAUUCGUACCCAUUUUCCAUUGGGCCCGGAACGGCCUCGAAGACCUUGCAUCCCGUCCGCCCGAUCAACGAUUCACUCUCCUGAGGCCAGUAAUCAAGAUGGAGGGCGAGACAGGUAUGCACCAUGUCAACAUUCUCAUCAAGCGCAGCCAUAUCGGGGAUAUCAAAUAACCAACAUAGAAUUUGAAGGAAAAUAAGCACGCAAAAUGGAC